CAACACAUUCCCAGACGUACAAAUAGCCUGUUAGCGGCAUUUUUAGGUCCAGUCGCGCUUUAUUUCAGCGGGUUGUCGAGGUCUGUGGCGGUAACGCUGCUUCUUCUGCUAAUAACUUGGAUUUUGUAUCUUUGGUGGUGCUGCAUCACACUUGGACAGCAUGCAUGUCAUCAAAAGAGAUGGACGCCAGGAGCGCGUCAUGUUUGAUAAAAUCACCUCUCGAAUCCAAAAGCUCUGUUACGGGCUCAACGCGGAGUUUGUGGACCCCGCACAAAUCACAAUGAAGGUGAUCCAAGGUCUGUACAGUGGAGUGACCACUGUGGAGUUGGACACACUCGCUGCGGAGAUUGCUGCCACACUAACCACUAAGCACCCCGAUUAUGCCCUUCUGGCUGCACGCAUUGCUGUUUCCAACCUCCAUAAAGAGACCAAGAAGGUGUUCAGUGACGUCAUGGAGGAUCUGUUCAACUAUGUCAACCCUUUAAACAAGCGCCACUCCCCCAUGAUCUCCCAAGAGACCCUAGAUAUUGUCCUUGCAAACAAAGACCGCCUCAACUCUGCUAUAAUCUAUGAUAGGGAUUUUUCUUAUAAUUUCUUUGGCUUUAAGACCCUAGAGCGCUCCUACCUGCUGAAAAUCAAUGGCAAGGUGGCUGAGCGUCCACAGCACAUGCUCAUGAGAGUAGCUGUUGGAAUCCACAAAACUGAUAUUGAUGCAGCCAUUGAGACCUACAACCUGCUGUCUGAGAAGUGGUUCACUCAUGCCUCUCCCACUCUGUUCAAUGCAGGCACCAACAGACCACAGCUCUCUAGUUGCUUCCUGCUGGCCAUGAAGGAUGACAGCAUUGAUGGCAUUUAUGAUACACUCAAACAAUGCGCUCUCAUCUCCAAAUCUGCAGGAGGGAUUGGUGUAGCAGUUAGCUGCAUUAGAUCAACAGGAAGCUACAUUGCUGGAACAAAUGGUAAUUCAAAUGGCCUUGUGCCAAUGCUGAGGGUGUACAACAACACGGCGCGCUACGUGGACCAAGGUGGCAAUAAACGACCUGGUGCCUUUGCCAUGUACCUUGAGCCAUGGCACUUUGACGUGUUUGACUUCCUUGAGUUAAAGAAGAACACUGGUAAAGAGGAGCAGAGGGCACGAGACCUCUUCUAUGCCCUAUGGAUCCCUGAUUUGUUCAUGAAGAGGGUGGAAAACAACCAGGACUGGUCUUUGAUGUGCCCCAGUGAGUGCCCUGGGCUGGAUGAGUGUUGGGGGGAGGAGUUUGAGAAGCUGUACACUCGCUACGAGCAGGAAGGCAGAGUGAAACGGGUGGUCAAGGCUCAGCAGGUGUGGUAUGCCAUCAUAGAGUCUCAGACUGAAACAGGAACUCCUUACAUGUUGUACAAAGAUGCCUGUAACAGGAAGAGUAAUCAGCAGAAUUUGGGCACUAUCAAAUGCAGUAACUUGUGCACUGAGAUUGUGGAGUAUACAAGCAAAGAUGAGGUAGCCGUCUGUAACUUGGCUUCUAUUGCUCUUAACAUGUAUGUUACUCCAGAACGGACCUUUGACUUCAAAAAGCUUGCCUCUGUCACUAAAGUAAUUGUAAGAAACCUCAACAAGAUCAUUGACAUUAACUACUACCCAGUCCCUGAAGCCGAGAACUCGAACAAGCGCCACAGGCCAAUCGGAAUUGGAGUGCAGGGUCUCGCAGAUGCCUUCAUUCUCAUGCGUUAUCCAUUUGAAAGUCCUGAAGCCCAGCUGCUGAACAUCCAGAUCUUUGAGACAAUAUACUACGCCGCCCUGGAGGCAAGCUGCGAGUUAGCAGAAAAAGACGGGCCUUAUGAGACAUACCCAGGUUCUCCAGUGAGUAAGGGCAUUCUGCAAUACGACAUGUGGGAGAAGGUGCCGACUGCGCUCUGGGACUGGAAGCUGCUUAAGGAGAAGAUUACUAAACAUGGUGUGAGGAACAGCCUGUUGUUGGCCCCCAUGCCUACUGCUUCCACAGCACAAAUACUAGGCAACAAUGAGUCCAUCGAAGCCUACACCAGCAACAUCUACACACGCAGAGUCCUCUCCGGAGAGUUUCAGAUUGUAAACCCACAUCUGCUCAAGGACCUGACUGAACGGGGACUGUGGAAUGAGGAAAUGAAGAAUAAGCUCAUUGCUCAAAAUGGAUCCAUACAGGACAUUUCUGAAAUCCCAGAUGAUUUAAAACAGCUGUAUAAAACAGUUUGGGAAAUAUCACAGAAGACUAUACUCAAGAUGGCUGCAGACCGCGGUGCCUACAUUGACCAGAGCCAGUCUCUAAAUAUUCAUAUUGCAGAGCCAAACUAUGGCAAAUUGACCAGCAUGCACUUUUAUGGCUGGAAGCAGGGUCUAAAAACUGGGAUGUAUUAUCUGCGAACCAAGCCAGCAGCCAACCCCAUCCAGUUCACUCUCAACAAAGAGAAGCUGAAGGAAAUGCAGACUGCCAAACCAUCCGAGCAGGAGCUGAAGGAGCUCAACAAAGCGGCCAUGGUAUGUUCACUGGAGAACAAGGACGAGUGCCUCAUGUGCGGGUCAUAGACUUGCAGUCCACUAUUCACUGUCAUUUGUCAUUACUGUAGCACUAAGAAUAAUUUUAAUACUUACUAAUGUACAAAAUGCAUCUUACCAUUGAAAUGAAUAAAUCUAUUUUUAAGCUUGGGUAAAA